AAGAAAAGAAAAACAUGUGACAAGCUUGGGUAGGAGGUAAAAUCGAGGUGAGGCGUCAGAGGCAUUCGAUACGGAGACUCGAUGGGUGGUGGUUCGAGGUUGAUAAGGUCCGUUGUGUCAACGGCCACGCGACGGGUAGCUCCGCGGAGAAUGUUUGGCGUGUCCCGUGCCCCGCCCUCGGUUUCAAAGAAUAAGAGGGAGUAUGGAUCGUCGAGCGAGACCAGAGACAAUACUCGAUCUCGUAUAAAAGCUCGUCGACGACAGCGUUUAGGUAGAGCAGAUCGGUCAGAGCAAGCAAGAGCAAGCAAGAAGUUUCCGAUCGAUUCCAGCAACCCUUUCGAUAACCCACCGAAUUCAAUCAGCACGAUGUGUACUCUACUAGCAAGCAUCUUGAUGGCCAUCCUAUCGGCCGUAGCAGCUGCACCUUCGGGCUGGGCACAUGGUGCAGCCCUUGCAGGGCCAAUUCUUGGUGCCGCAGCUCUAGCCGGUCCGGCUCUCGGCCCAGCCGCGCUUUCGGGACCAGUCGUUGGACCUGCUCGAGUAUCCGGUGCGGUUGACGGAGGUGCCGUCGUCACUGGUUCCGUCGCUGGACCUUCUCUAGUUUCUGGUAGCGUCGCUCCUGGAACCGCAGUCGUUGGACCAGCUCUUGGAUGGCCAGCUGCCGCCGCUCAUGCUCCGCUUCUUGGUCUGGGAUGGCCUGGUGCGGUUCUUGCCGGUCCAGCAGCCGGACCCGCUGCCCUUUCCGGACCCAUUGCUGCACCGGCCCUCAUCGCUGGACCCUCCGGUAGCAUCGCAGCCGGAUCCGCUGGUCUCGGUGGAAUAGUACGUGCUGGCCAUUACUAGUUUCAACCCGGUUAUCCAAUAAUACCGAACGACUAUCGACUGAUCUCCUACGACCUAUGCCAUUUUAAAACCGAACGCACCGUGAUCUCCGCCAUUAUACCGCAAAUACCUCCCUAUCGUUCGAACCUCUUAUAUGUUUUAUGUACAUAACAAACGUUCAUAUAUAAUGCAUAUAUAAUAAAAAUAAAUGCAAAUAUAAUAAAAAUAUUUCUACGUUUCA